AUGACCAGAGGAAAAAGACCCGGUCAAACAAAGUUGUUCAAACUCCUUGAGUGGGAUCUUUACACAAAUCAUGGAAAGCCGAUCGAAGGGACGAACAUUAUCCUCUGCCGCACUCCCCUCAGGCAAACGAUGUUCCGGAACAACAAGCUUCGCGCAGUUUGGACGCCAGAAAUUAUGAUCAAGACAAUCGAAGAAGCUUAUGGAAAGCCGAUUGGACUGGUCAUCGACAUGACUGCUACAUCCAAGUAUUACUACCCGAGCGAGAUCUACAACGCUGGAAAGGACUACUACAAGCUUCCCAUUCCAGGAGGAAAACCGCCACCAGAAGGCUACGUCCAACAAUUCAUCCGCGUCAUCGAUUCCUUCUUGCUCUACCGCCUAAAGGGCGUGAAAAGAACUGUCCCCAAGCAAACAACUGGAAUCGACGAUUUGAACAUGGAAGAGGCAGUUGUGAAGACAUUGGAACCAGAAGCGGCGGAAGAACAUUUCGAGAUGAUGCAAAACGCAGAUUUCAACAUCGUGAUUCAUUGCACUCACGGAGUCAACAGAUCUGGAUACGUUGUGGCGCGAUAUUUAAUCGACAAACUGGGAAUUUCGGCCGAGGACGCGAUCCUGCGAGUAGAAGACUCACGAGGGCACCAAAUGUCCAAGUACAGAAAUGUCCUUUUAGACGACGAUCUACGCGUUUAUCUCCGAAACCGAAUGAGCUUUUUCUAUGGCGUGUCAACUCUUCUUUUCCAUCCCUUCACGCCAGAUUCGAAAACAUUCGCCGAUCAAGAUAGAUUUUCCGCUUUACUGCCACACGAGCUCGAAAUUGAAGUUCCAACCACUCCUUCUUGUUUUUUAUGA